AUUACAAAAAUAAUGAAAGGUAUCAAAAUUUGUUCAAAUUAUAUUCAAACCAUACUCUUUCUUCUAAUUCUCAUAUCAAAUUUUUCUCUAAGCAUAGAAGCUUCAACAUGCAAACCAAGUGGAAAAAUAAAAAAUUUGAAAACAGGACAGUGCAACAGAGCUGAAGAAUCUGAGUGUUGCAAACCAGGAAAACUUUACACAACAUUCAAAUGUUCACCUAAAGUGUCACACCACACAAAAGCAAUUCUAACACUAAACAGCUUUGAAAAAGGUGGUAGUGGAGGUUCAGCUUCUAAAUGUGAUAACAAGUUUCAUUCUGACAAAACUCCUGUUGUAGCAUUAUCAACUGGAUGGUUCAACAAUUCAAAAAGGUGUUUGAAGUUUGUGAAUAUCUUUGGGAAUGGUAAAAUGGUGAAAGCUAAGGUUGUUGAUGAGUGUGAUUCUACUAAAGGGUGUGAUUCUGAUCAUGAUUUUCAGCCUCCUUGUUUGAAUAAUAUUGUUGAUGCUUCUGCUGCUGUUUGGAAGGGUUUGGGUGUUCCUGAAAAAGAUUGGGGUCAAAUGAAUGUUUUCUGGUCAGAUGCUUAAUGAUGCAAACCAAAUCAUAAUUAUUUUCUCGCAUCUUAAAUAUAAAAGAAAAUCACAUCAAUAAAAGUUAAUGUAUUUAAUCACAUCAAUAACUUGUAUAAUGGGUUAUGCCUAUAUGUAUAUCUUGUUCUUAGACCUAGGUCGA